AGGAUUUAAAGACUUAUGGAGGGCCAGCCCAGGACACUGGGGGCGGCUAAGAGUAUAACAAGUUCCCCACUCUUCCCAGAUUGGGUGAGCGGCCCGCAUCCCCAGAUCACCCAGGAGCACCCCCUGGGGCACUCCCGAUGCCUGGUGGGGAGGAGGGUUCGCCCUGAGUCCUCCGGGGGGGCAGGAGGCGACGGAACUCUAAGUCGCGCGGCUCCGGUGACCACUCCGAGGCGCCGGGCCUCUUUGGGAAGUGCACUCCCCUCCCCCUCCGCCUCCUUUCCGCUUUCACGGAACAUACACCCAGACACACUUCCGCCUCCCAUCCCCUCCAACCCGGAACGAUUAGAGCGGAGGACCCGGGAGGUCGUUCUGAAGGCUGUGUACAAGAUGGCGGCAGCGCUGGCGGUUCCUCGCCUGGCCCGGUAUGGAUUGUUUAGUUUUCGACCCAGCACAGCCCUGCAGGUUCAACUGCUCCAUCAGAGUUCGGUGACAGAUGCAAGCAGCCCCGUUCCAGAGGGAAAGAAGAGUGGGGCAAUUGUCUCCAAAUCCUCCUCACUCCCAAGCAACAAGGGGGAGUAUGUGAUCACCAAACUAGAUGACCUGAUCAACUGGGCCCGGCGGAGUUCCCUGUGGCCCAUGACCUUUGGGUUGGCAUGCUGUGCCGUGGAGAUGAUGCAUAUGGCAGCCCCCCGAUACGACAUGGACCGGUUUGGAGUGGUGUUCCGGGCCAGCCCACGUCAGUCAGACGUGAUGAUCGUAGCUGGCACUCUCACCAACAAAAUGGCACCGGCUCUCCGAAAGGUAUAUGACCAGAUGCCAGAGCCUCGUUACGUAGUCUCCAUGGGAAGCUGUGCUAACGGCGGAGGAUAUUACCACUACUCGUACUCUGUAGUGAGAGGAUGUGACCGCAUUGUGCCCGUGGACAUCUACGUCCCAGGCUGCCCUCCCACAGCUGAAGCUCUGCUCUAUGGGAUCCUGCAGCUCCAGAAGAAAAUCAAACGGGAGAAGAGGCUCAAGGUGUGGUACCGGCGGUGACCACGGCCCCGCUUCUGGCCCUAAGGGCCCCUUUUUGUGAUCUCAUGCUAUGUGAAUGUCAAUAAAAUGCCCAGAUAACAGACACUGUUGUCUCUGCUUGGUAGGACAGCCUGGCUUGGUGGAUAGAGGGAGCCCUCCACUCAGAUCCCUUCACUUAAUUCCACGGGGCCUCAGUUUUCCCUUCUUUACGGUUAGGCUAGAUGACCUCUAAGGCACCUCCGAGCCCUUUGUCCCGUACAAGUGUGUGCUGAGUCCUGGGGGGUUAUGGGCUGGAUAGCAUUGAAGGCAAGGCCAUGAGGCCUUGUGACUAGAGAGCUAGCUGAUCCAUUUCUGGGAAGUCAUCGUGCAAGUGCCAGCCACUAGAGGCUCCAAACAAGGCAUCCCCACUACCCUGAGCACGGUGCCGUCCCCAGGGCCCACUCAGGAUGCCAUACAGAAGAGGCUCACAAGUGACAAGGAGCCCACUGGUCACAGGCGAACCUCACUGUGGGAUGUGUGUGCAUUCAGUCUUUGUCACUCAGAUCAUUUUAACUUUUGCUGGGACAGCUCACUUUGGGAAUGCUGGUGAAUCCCUAUGUAAGGGGAAGAAUCCUCUGUGACUUAUGAUAUAUAUAGUAGGUGCUCAAUAAACUCUUGUUGGUGAUCAUGA